AUGUCUACACUGAAAUCAUCAUCAAUAUUGAUAGUUGGAGCAGGCACCUGGGGUUGUUCAACAGCGCUCCAUCUUAUGCGCAGAGGGUACAGCGAUGUUACACUGGUCGAUCCCUACCCGGUCCCAUCACCCAUUUCUGCAGGGAACGAUGUGAAUAAAAUCGUGGAGCAAGGAAUCUUUGCUGAAGGAGACGACGAAGCUUGGAUCUCUCAUCAUCUCCUUAGCGCUGCCAACAAGGGGUGGACAUCGGAUCCAGUCUUCAAACCGUAUUAUCAUGAUACUGGAUAUAUAGUCGCCGCGAGCUCAAAGGAGGGCCUUCAACAAUUACAGGAUCGAGAACGUCCAGAUCUGAACAAGGAAUUUGUCUGGCUGGAAGAUGCUGAAUCCUUCAAAAAGACAAUGCCUUCUGGAGUAUUGACUGGCGAUUUUCCAGGCUGGAAGGGGGUAUAUAAAACCUCUGGCGCUGGUUGGGUGCAUGCGCGGAAAGCUCUAGUGUCUUGCUUUGAAGAAGCGCAGAGACUGGGGGCAAAAUUGAUUACAGCGGACGUCACUGGGCUAAUUUUUGAAGGCGGUGAUGUACGAGGUGCAAGCACGAGUGAUGGCCAGCGCAUAUUGGCUCAGACUACUAUACUCUGUGCUGGAGCAAAUAGUGUUCACCUACUGGACUUCAAAGAUCAGCUGCGGCCUACUGCUUGGACGCUCGCCCAUAUCCAGAUGACACCCGAGGAGACCAAAUUAUUCAAAGAUCUUCCAGUAUUGUUUCACAUCGAGAAGGGCUUCUUUAUGGAGCCUGACGAGGACAAACACCAACUGAAAAUGUGUGACGAACACCCGGGCUAUUGCAAUUGGAUUGAAGAACAGAACGGUAAGCGAAGUAGCAUUCCCCUUGCGAAGGAACAGAUACCGGUCGAAGCAGCUGAGCGCUGUCGAGAGUUCCUUCGUGAGACCAUGCCUCAACUGGCAGAAAGGCCUUUCGUCUUUGCUAGAAUGUGCUGGUGUGCGGAUACCCCAAACAGAUCGUUCUUGAUCGAUCGACAUCCCGAACAUCCAUCUCUCGUUCUCGGCGUUGGUGCUUCAGGCCAUGGAUUCAUGCACAUUCCAAGCAUCGGAGGCUUUAUUGUCGAUUCCCUUGAGGGAUCUCUGGAGUCCAAACUCAAGCAAUCUUUCCGUUGGAGACCUGAGACGGCCAUUAACCGGAACUGGGGUGACACCCUGGCAAGGUUCGGGGGACCAAAUACGAUUAUGGACCUCCAGGAUAUCAAAGGUUGGACAGACAUAACACCACAAGAUGGCCAAUCACCACCAGUAGCCCGGCUAUGA